AUGGCGUCGACUCCAAUGAAGAUGAUUGGCUACAAGAACAAAAUAAAUUAUGAGGACCUUGUUGAAUUAGUGGUAGAGAAGUACCCGCCUGGUUAUUUGGAAGUAGCUCAUAUUCAGUAUUAUGAUGAAGGUCUAAAAUCUUUCCCAGAAGUAAAAACCGACCAAGAGUUGAUGUCUAUGUUUGAUAAACAUUUGAAGAGAAAGGUUGUCAUCAUGUUUGUUGUAUAUCAAGGUCAUUCCGAUCCAUAUGAACCUAUCACAGAGUGGGAUUUUGGUGUGGGUACCCACCCUAAGGACAACAUAGACAAUGACAACAUAGACAAUGAUGAUGCUAAUGAGGAUGAUUACCUUAGGAAUCCUGAACCACAGAAUGAACAUGUAGGUGUUGAUGAGGAAGCUAUGUACUGUGAUAUUUGUAGCACCCAAUGCUCUACAGGUGGUUCAUAG